UCUACGUUUCCAAACCUCAACAAAGCAUUUGUGGUGGGUCAUGGCUAUGCUCCAGUCCCGUAUAAGCUGGUUUCUAAAAUUACAGCAGAACAUUUUGUAGACUUGGCUGACCUACUUCCGGAUAAUAUCCGGGCUCAAGAAAACGAACCCCAAGCGUUUUUGGAGGGAAAGCUGCUCGUUUCAGGGUCUAAAAAACGGGUCAUCGAAAUAGCAGACAUCGUCACCUGGAAAGAAGCCUUCACAAUCUUUUCUAUGAUUCUUUGCCACACCUUCCCCUCUCGCUGGAAAGAUUUAAAUCAAUACAAGUUACUCAUUAUUCAGACAGCAAGGCACUUUUCUGACAAAUCGUGGCUCCUCUACGACAUCGCCUUCAGAAAAGAAGCCGCAGCCUCAGGUUCAACCGACUGGUCUCGCAUUCACCCAGACCUCCACAAUUUUCACACCAGAUCUCCGGUUACAACUUCAGUUGCUUCAGGUUCCUCAACUUCCUCUGCCUCGUCACUAACAGAGCCUCUCGGGUCUUCAGGCAACCCCCGGUCUAGCCAGUAUUGCCACUCCUGGAACGAUGGGCGCUGUCGCUGGCCCUUCGGUCGCUGCCGGUUUCGUCACUCCUGUGAAUCGUGCCAUGGGGACCACCCCCGCAUCCACUGCCUUCACAGGUCCGCACGGACAGAACGGUCCCGCUCCCCUUCUCAGUCAAAGGGGGGUCACCGCCGCCGCUAG